AUGACAACAAGAAUUGGUAAUCUAAUGCAUAAAUUGGUCUUUUCUCAGCAAGUGGCUUAUGUUAAGGGUAGAUGUAUUCAAGACCAGAUAAUGUUAGCUUCAGAAUUAUUGAAUGAAAUGUCAAGGAAAAGAAGAUGUGUCAAUGUAUCUCUUAAGCUUUACAUUUCUCAAGCUUAUGAUUCAGUUAGUUGGGAGUUUCUAUUUUUGGUUUUGCAGAAAUUUGGCUUCUCAAAAAAAUGGUGUGAGUGGCUGCAUAUUUUAUUUCAGUCAGCUAGAAUAUCAGUAAUGGUGAAUGGUGGGCCUUGUGGUUUCUUCUCUGUUGGUAGAGGAUUGAGGCAGGGUGAUCCUUUAUCUCCAAUCCUUUUUGUGUUAAUGGAGGAAGCUUUAAGUAGAAGACUUACUCAACUGGUUAAUGAAGGUUCAAUUUUUCCAAUGGUGGAAAGGAAAGGUAUUCAUCCAACUCAUUUAUUCUUUGCAGAUGAUGUCUUCAUCUUUAUUAAUGGAGCUAAAAAGAGUAUUUUGAAUCUAAUGCAACUUCUUGAAGAUUAUCAAAAAUGUUCUGGUCAAAUUAUAAACAAGACCAAAAGUAAGAUGUUCAUUGAUGGUACUUCUGAGUUGAGGAAAAUGCAGAUUAAAGAGAUGAUUCAAAUGGAAAGAAGUGAAUUCCCUGACAAGUAUUUGGGUGUAGUGCUUAUUCAAGGAAGAGUGAAAACCUCCACAUUAUGGCCAAUGGUAGAAAUGAUGCAAAAGAAACUUGCUGCUUGGAAGGUAUGGUUUGAUAUGUGGAUUGGGGAUAGAUCACUCAUUGACAUAUUUGGAUACACUGAUUACAUUGCUGAAAAUAUUAACUUGAAGGUUUCAAAUAUAAUGAUAGAUGGUAAUUGGUCCUUUGAUACUGAACUUCAAAUGAUGUUACACAAUCUUAGACCACCAGAAGUUGCAGGAGGAGAAAACAUUCAAGUUUGGACUGGUGAUUUGAAAGGUGAAUUCUCAGUUUCAGUAGCCGUGAAUAAUCUAAGGCACAAAGAACAGCCAGUGAACUGCUCUGAAAUAUGGGGGUGGAUUUGUGCUAUAUUCCAAUUUCAAAUACCAAAUUCCUUUGAUGAUGUGUGGGAGAGAGAAACUAAUGUUAGCCCUUUGGUUAAACAAGUAUGGAUAUGUGCAGCUUGUAUCAUUCUUAAGGAGUUAUGGUUUCAAAAGAACAAAAUAUUUUUUGAAGACAUAAAUCCUAAUAUGCAGAGAUUCAAGUGCAGAGUUUUAAAGCUGGUUCAUGAAAGUGGAUUGAGAAUCAAAGGAACUAAAUGGUGUCAAAAUUAUGAUCAACAGAUCAUUACUGCUUUUGAUCUAGGAAUUAGGGAUUCCAUGUUUCAGAGCAUCAAAAAAUGUUGUUGGAUUCCUCCUGAGCUAGGUGUUGUUAUGUUUUGCUGUGACGGCUCAUUCUUUGGUAAUCCAGGCUCUGCAGGUUUUGGUGUUGUUGCUAGAGACUCUAAUUGUCAUGUAAUUGGUACUCUCACUGGUGGUAUAAGAGUAGCUACCAACUACUUUACAGAAACUUAUGGUGUCAUGAAUGCUUUGGAGUUGGCAGUUGAAAGGAAAUUGCAGGAUAUCAUUAUUGUUUCAGAUUCAAAAACAGUUCUUGCAGAAUUUGCUCAGGGGAAGGUUCAUUGGUUUCUGAAAGGGAGAUGGAAAAUAACACAAGGAAAGGUGUCAAGAAUAAGAUAUCAUCACUGCUACAGAGAAGUAAAUUUAUUAGCUGAUGGCAUUGACAAAAAAAUGUGCUUCUUUGGCAGCAGGGGUAAGAUUAUUACACAUUGGAAGACCUCCUUAUCUACCAAGGAUUGA